CACACCCCCAUGUACUUCUUCCUUGGGAACUUGUCCUGUCUGGAGACCUGGUACAGCUCCACCAUCCUGCCCAGGAUGCUGGCUGGUCCCCUGACUGGGGACAGGACUAUUUCAUUUAGUGGCUGCCUCACGCAAUAUUAUUUCUUUGGUUCUCUGAUUGCUGCAGAAUGCCUUCUCCUGUCAGUGAUGUCUUAUGAUCGGUAUUUAGCGAUAUGCAAUCCGCUGCACUAUGCAGCCCGUAUGUGUGGCAGAACCUGCCUCCAGCUUGCAGGUGGAUCUUGGAUAGGUGGCUUCCUAUGUAGUGGCAUAACAACAUUGUCAAUAUCUCAGUUAACUUUCUGUGGCCCUAACGUUAUUGAUAAUUUCUUUUGUGAUUUUAUCCCACUUGUAAAGCUCUCCUGCAACGACCCUCACCUGAUGGAAACAUUGGCUUUAACACUCACCUUGCUUUUCUCACUGGUCCCAUUCAUGCUAACCUUGAUGUCCUACAUCUGCAUUAUUGCCACCAUCCUAAAAAUCCCAUCCACCAAUGGGAGGCAAAAGGCCUUUUCCACCUGCUCCUCCCACCUCAUUGUGGUGAACAUUUAUUAUGGAACUCUGCUGAUUGUCUAUAUGUUCCCAACCGCCAACAUCCUGAGCGACUUCAAAAAAGUUCUGUCUGUUAUCUACACAGUCCUGACUCCCCUGAUCAAUCCCCUCAUCUAUAGUCUGAGAAACCAAGAGGUACAGGAGGCCAUAAGGAAAGCUUGCAGGAAAUUCAUGUUUGGACCAUGCUAA